GCAUUCUGAGUAGUGGCCAAGCACGUGACAUUCCAAACUUCAGCAAAGGUACAGUAAGACUAUGUCAGAGAGUCACAAUGACCUUGCACAGUAACAGUACAACCUCGCCUUUGUUUCCCAACAUCAGCUCUUCCUGGGUGCACAGUUCCUCAGAGGCAGUGCUGCCCUUGGGGACAGUCACUCACUUGGGCAGCUAUAACAUUUCACAAGCAGCUGGGAAUUUCUCCUCAAACGACACCUCCAGUGACCCUCUUGGGGGUCACACCGUCUGGCAAGUGGUUUUCAUUGCAUUCUUAACAGGUUUCCUGGCAUUGGUGACCAUCAUUGGCAACAUCCUUGUCAUUGUGGCAUUUAAGGUCAACAAACAGCUGAAGACAGUCAAUAACUACUUCCUCUUAAGCCUGGCCUGUGCAGAUCUGAUCAUCGGAGUCAUUUCCAUGAACCUGUUCACUACCUACAUCAUUAUGAACCGCUGGGCACUUGGGAACUUAGCCUGUGACCUCUGGCUUUCCAUUGACUAUGUGGCCAGCAAUGCUUCUGUCAUGAAUCUGCUGGUCAUCAGCUUCGACAGGUACUUCUCCAUCACAAGGCCACUCACCUACCGAGCCAAACGAACAACAAAACGAGCUGGUGUGAUGAUUGGUCUGGCUUGGGUUAUCUCCUUUGUCCUGUGGGCUCCUGCCAUCUUGUUCUGGCAAUACUUUGUGGGGAAGAGAACUGUGCCCCCAGGAGAAUGUUUCAUUCAGUUCCUGAGUGAGCCCACCAUCACCUUCGGCACGGCGAUUGCAGCCUUUUAUAUGCCCGUCACCAUCAUGACUAUUUUAUAUUGGAGGAUCUAUAAGGAAACUGAAAAACGUACCAAAGAGCUGGCUGGGCUGCAAGCCUCUGGGACAGAAGCUGAGGCAGAAAACUUUGUCCACCCCACUGGCAGUUCUCGAAGCUGCAGCAGCUAUGAACUACAACAGCAAAGCAUGAAGCGCUCAUCCAGGAGGAAGUAUGGUCGCUGUCACUUCUGGUUCACAACCAAGAGCUGGAAGCCCAGUGUUGAGCAGAUGGACCAAGACCACAGUAGCAGUGACAGCUGGAAUAACAAUGAUGCUGCUGCCUCCCUGGAAAACUCUGCCUCCUCCGAUGAAGAGGACAUUGGCUCGGAGACCAGAGCCAUCUACUCUAUUGUACUCAAGCUUCCAGGUCAUAGCACCAUCCUCAACGCUACCAAGCUACCCUCCUCAGACAACCUGCAGGUGCCAGAUGAGGACCUGGGGACUGUUGAUGUGGAGAGAAAUGCCAAUAAGCUUCAAGCCCAGAAGAGCAUGGAUGAUGGUGACAGUUGUCAGAAGGACUUCUCCAAGCUUCCCAUUCAGUUAGAGUCUGCUUUGGAUACAACCAAGACCUCUGACACCAACUCCUCGGUGGAUAAGACCACAGCCACUCUACCACUGUCCUUCAAGGAAGCCACACUGGCUAAGAGGUUUGCUCUGAAGACCAGAAGUCAGAUCACCAAGCGGAAAAGAAUGUCACUCAUCAAGGAGAAGAAGGCAGCCCAAACCCUCAGUGCCAUCUUGCUGGCCUUCAUCAUCACAUGGACCCCCUACAACAUCAUGGUCCUGGUGAAUACCUUCUGUGAUAGCUGCAUCCCCAAAACCUAUUGGAAUCUGGGCUACUGGCUAUGCUAUAUCAACAGCACCGUGAACCCCGUGUGCUAUGCCCUGUGCAACAAAACAUUCAGAACCACCUUCAAGAUGCUUCUCUUAUGCCAGUGUGACAAAAGAAAGAGACGCAAACAGCAGUACCAGCAAAGACAGUCAGUCAUUUUUCACAAGCGAGUGCCCGAGCAGGCCUUGUAGAAAAAGGGUUUGUCAGUAGCAGUGACCACACAUGCACAUCAGCCCACACAGCCUAGCAGGAGUCUGGCGCAAGUGGGAGGCCAUUCCUGAUGGUGAUAAAAGGGGUUUUAUCAACCACAUGGGAGAGAAGCUGCCUGUUUACUGAUCCAUUGAAUAAACUGAUUUUGGCCAAAUGCCAAUUCAGCAGGAAAGAAAGGAAAGCAUACUGCUGAAUAUAAAGAAAUAUAUUCUGAAAUAGACUUUUAAGUGUUUUUUUCUUAAAGAGAAAAAAAUAUAUUGUCUUGAAGCAAGUAUCCUCUGAAAUUGGUUUGCCUAGGUCUUUUAACUCCCAUCAGCUCUGAAAUCACAGGCGAGCCUCGCUGCACUCGUUGCCAUGUGCUCUUCCAAAGGGUCCCAAAGUGUUCAUCCAGACCCCAUGUGAAGCGCAGCAGGCUUGGAUAUCUGUGGUUCUGAGUUAUUUUGUACAUUGCAAAGCUGACACCUCUUGUCCCAAUCAGCUUCUGUCCCCUUUUGGUGUGUUGUUAAACUCUAUUUGUGGAUUUGAUUCUUGGUUCUUGCAAAGUACUGUUUUGUGCAGUUCAAGUUUCAUACAAAUAAAAUUGCAUAUGAAUACAUGCAUACCUAUAUAUGUGUGAGUUCAGCACGCACACACAUAGUGUAUAUAACCUGUUGGGGAACACCGAACUGGCCAAAUGUUCCUACCAUAUAUGCUUUCAGUACUUUGGUAACUGAAAUUCUCUAGGAUCCUAAUAUGAUACGAAAGUGAAUUAAGCCCGGUUUAAUGUUGUGUUAGGGUUUGGGUUUUUGACACUGGAGUUAUUUUCCACAAACCACCCUGAAGAAUAAUAUCCACCCCAGAGAAGCCAGGCCUUCUCAUCAAACCUGUGCUAGACGGAAAGUCUCAAGGGUCAGUCGGUACCACGUCUUGACUGGACUCUGAAUGCGUACUGUCUCCUUGGCUGUUAGCUCUAUCUACAGAGCUGAACUAGGGCCCCUCUGAGCUCAAAUGAAUGAACUUAUGUACAUGUUUGAAUUUAGUCGUCCAAAUCUGAAUGUUUCAAAACAAAAUUUCUGGGAUCUAAACUGCUUGAAACUCAAUCCUAGAGUCACCUUUGAAUGUCACAUACAGCAAUAUAUCUACAUUUACAUGGAAAAACGAAGGAAAUACUGUGCCAGGGCCUGACAGAAAGUAUUGUAUUUCACUCCCUGCUACUUGGCACCUUCUGGAGGAAAGUAGGGCUUACCUCCUGUUAUUUAGCAGGAGCCAGGACCUUCUGGUUGUCACCGUAUAAUCUUCACCCAGGAACGGUUGGUGUCUAAGAAGCCACAGGUCCUCUGAAGAAAAAAUUGCACUUGAAAGUAUUGCUUCAAAAUGUAUUUCUUUCCAUUGUGACAAGCAAAUUUUGCAUUAUCCUUUGAAUUGCCCCAAGUGCACCGUGUUUUCUCCGGGGGAGGGGGUCUGCUGCUCUUGUUCUCGUGGCUGCUGUAUUGUUGGGUUCCUUCCUUCUUUUCCUUCUGCUGGGACUGUGUGGGGAGCGGGUGGGGGGAUGGGAGGGCUGUGGAGAACCCUUCCCUUGUGCAGGGCAUCCAUCUGUGUUGUGAACCCAGAGCUGGGGCCAAAGCUGCUUUUGUAUUCAGUGUGAGGUGGUGUUUACAGCCGACUUUGACAUCAGUGGAUGUGUUCUCAGUGGUGUGUCUGUACCUAAACUAUUUAAUGUUGUGUCAUGUUUAUAUAAAGAAUAUUUAUGCAUACUUCA